ACAGACAAAUGUGUGAUGAGGCGAAACAGUACGCUCAGACGCUUGCAGAUAUGGGUAGCCUAGUACAUUCUCCGAGCAGUGACAGAGUUGGACAGGGAGAGAAUCUUGCCAUGGAAUGUUUAUCAAACGGUUCACCAACCAUAGAGGACGCCGUGACAAAUUGGUACAACGAGGUCUGUGAUCCGGGAUACGAUUUUGCCAGCCCCUCCUUCUCUGGUGGAACAGGCCACUUUACACAGGUAGUUUGGAAAGGCAGUACAGUUCUCGGAAUCGGACGGGCAGAGGGUACAAUGCGAGGAAUGAAAUGUACAUAUACUGUGGCCAGAUACAGACCAGCUGGA